UGACAAACAAAGCCGCAGGUCGUGAGAUCUGGUACAGGAUAUUCUAUCGUGUCACUGAUUCAGGUGUGGUAAGCCCGUUCAGCUUUUGGCGGAUACUCCAACAAGUUGCUGGUUUGAUCAAAUCGUCAGUAUCAUCACUGAUAGCUUUGAAAGGUGCUUCGCAAAGCGUAUCAAAGACAUGGCGGACGAUCAAUCGCCCACACUGGCACCCUCGUCCAUAGCCGCCGACGUGCUUAGCACAACAGACAUUCUCUGGAAUCACGUGGCGCCUUUUCUGCAGGUGCAAGAUCUCGGACGCCUUGCCCAGUCGUGCAAAUGUGUGCAUGCGGCUGCGGUGUCAUGGGACGGCAAGUUGGUCGUGCCCGUGCAGGUCAUUCAAGUCACUUCCAAACGGGAGCCAGUUCUAAAAACGCGUUUGGUUUCGGCCAAAGGCGGUUUGCCGCGACAGGAGCAAUACUACGUCGAGGGGCCAGCGAUUUUUCUUUCGCCAAAACCGUUCCUGUUCGGAUAUAGCGGACGCCAUCUGCGGAUUUUGCGCGUCGCUGCGAACGAGCGAGGCGAGCGGCUAGAUAUGGGGACGGACGAAACACCACAAUCACCUGUACGCGGAGCGGACUUCGUCUCUGCCGCGCUGGAGGGUUUGCAGGCAUUCUUGCAUUCCGACAGCGCAGUCGAAGUAGUGAGCUGCCCGCUGAUUCUCGGUGAAAAUAGCAGUCUGCAGCUGAGCAUUCGUCAGACGCUCGCCCGCUCACUGUUUGUUCUGCCAGCGUUGCAAGUGCUCGAGAUUCCAGCGGAAGUGGCUUUGACGCCCAUCAAAAUCUACGGCGCCCCUGUUGGAAGUGGCAAUAACUCCAGACCCCCCUGCAAGCUGAGAUCCUUUCAAAUUCACGAUGGAGGACUCUCUGAAUGGGGAAAGCUUGAUGAACAGUCGCUUGCGUUUCGGCUCACGGUAGGUGCAGCCGGGGAAAAUUUGCGAGACUUUGGUUUUUCAUUUGCCUGGUCUCACGUACCUGCACAGGAUGGAAAUGACAUGAAGAAAGUUCCAGGCCAGGUCUUGUUUGAAAAUGUGUUGCCACGCAUUGAGACUUUGCGCCUGUUUUGCGGCGGGACGGAACUUCUCAAGCAGCCGUGGUUUCAAGCAAUCCGCAUGCAGAACUUGAAGCACGUGCAAUUUGGGACUCGCCGUAUGGUUUUCCGAUCGCCGCCAACGCCGGUACUGCCCGUUGCAAACGUGAAGUACUUUCGGGGCUUGGAAGGCAUGCACUUCAGGGGCAUGACGCUAGACUACAGAGAGCUCGGCGACUGGCUGAAUUUCUUCGCGACGCUCUCUCUCCGUCGAUUUCGACUCCAGAAUGUUGGGAUGAGUGAGAUGAUGCUCGGCACUUUGUACGCUCUUCUCGGGAACGAGGUCGGGAAGUUCUUCCAGACGCUGCGCCAGGCUUGUCGCGAGAAGUUGCGAUUGCAAAUCGAAACUGCACAAUUUCGUUUAACAUCUUUUCGCACACUGCGGUAGAUCAUGAUGAGGAGACAAACUCAGGAAAGGAAGUGGCAACUUGGCCACGAAAGAAAGCUGAUGCGCGCAUUAUUGUGAGCUUUGCAUGUUUGUGGUCAACCAUUUUGAUGUUGAGACCCUCAUCACGUGAUGAGAUCCGUUGUUAGUAGUUUAAACUACAGACUCAGGAAGGCGUUCGCAUAGUGGAUCAGAGUUUCAG